CCGUCCUCUGCUCGCUCACACGGCAACAACAUGCCUGCCUGGGAAGCGGCGGCUCUCGCAGAGGAGCGGGGCUGGCUCCAGGAGGAUUAUUAGCCCUGAACCAAAGGGUGGGAGUGGGGGGCAGAAAGGAAAACCAGCAAGCAGAGGAGGAGGUGGGGGGCAAGGCAGAGACUCAGCCCUGCCACCCCCCGCUUUCUCCCCACCAGAAACCAAGCUCCCAGUGCGCUGGAGGAGCCCAGAGCGAGCAGCAGCCCAGCCAGAUUGGUGUCUUGGCUGUCUAGAGUCCCAAACACUUCAGGUCCUGAUGGGGGACUCAGGAUCAAGACGUUCAACUCUAGUGUCUCGACUGCCAAUAUUCAGGAGAAGUAUUAGUCGAAGACAUGACUCCCUUCCUUCCUCACCUAGCUCCAUUAAUACUGUGGGUGUCCAUAGCUCCUCUCCCUCCAGCACCAACUCAAGCUCAGGUAGCACAGGCAAGCGAAGGAGCAUAUUCCGCACACCUUCCAUCAGCUUCCACAACAAGAAGGGGAGUGAACAGAAGUCUGAAUCUGCAAGCCAGAAUGUAAAUAUUUCAAAUGGUGCUCAGUCAACUCACAACAAUUUCCAAAAACCGAGCUUGGAAGAACAUGUUAAAAGCAGAGGGAGGCAUUCAGUUGGUUUCGGCAGUUCACGGAGCAAGAAGAUAACAAGAUCUUUGACAGAGGACUUUGAAAAGGGGAAAGAGCCAUCAAGUAAUAAGAAUGUCUUUAUAAAUUGCAUACGUUCUGGAAAAAACGAGGGCGAUGACUCUGGCUUUAUAGAGGAGCAAAGUAGACGAUCUAUUAAGGAAUCCUCACGGAAACUUCUCCCGAAAUCUUUCUCAUCACACUACAGGUUUUCAAAGCCAGUCCCCCAGAGCCAGUCAGUUUCCUGUGUACAACAGUCUGGAUGCCUGUUGGAGAUUAAACCAUAUGUUGAAAGCGACCCUGUAACAGUAAGGUCCUCUCCAUCAUGUUCUGCUGAGAUAACUGAAUGUGCAGGAAGUUCUUUGCAAUCACCUCAACUUUCUGCAGACCUCACCACAGUCCAGACCCCUUCGGAAUUUUUAGCCUUGACCGAAGAUUCUUUCUCAGAAGUUGAUGUGGUGCCCAGUAGUGGAAACACGGCACCACACACAGAGAACUUUGACAAUAAUACUUCUACCUCUCAGAUUUUCCUCAGUCCUGUUGUUGCUUAUGUGAGGAAAACAGAUCAUGUAGAAAGUACUUCCCUGUCUGCUGUUAUAUCUCCUGUGAAUCAUACAAGCUUUUGUAGUACUGAAUCAAAUACCUUACCUAAAAAUACUGCUGCUAAUCAAACACAAGUAUUAUUGCAAACUACUGAACUUCCUGUUAAAGAUGCUGGGCACAUAGGAGAAAUUAACUCAGCAGAUGCACAGUUAGAAACGUUUGUGUUACAUCAUGAAGAAAAAACAGUGGAAUGCUCUCCAAAGGCUAGUGGAUUAUGUGGGGACCAACAUCAAAUAACGUUAUCUGAGUACAUUAGAGAAACAAUUCCUGUAACUGAAUCGAAGAUUAUUCCCUCCUCCUCUGAAUCCCGAUCCUUUAAAACACAAAAGGGACAUGAAAUAAAUCACUCUAAAGUUAAUCUUGCCAGUAGUUUCAGUCCUUACCGAGAAGGCAGACUUAUAGAGAAGCGCCUGAGAUCCUCGUCAGAAGGCAAUGCUGGAAGCAGCAGGAUGAUCUUAAAACCAAAGGACGGAAACACAGAAGAUCUUCAUAGCUUGCGGAAGCAGACAGCAGGCUCGUCAUCUUCAAAAAUGAACAGCCUGGAUGUUCUGAAUAACUUGGGUUCCUGUGAGUUGGAUGAAGAUGACCUCAUGCUUGAUUUGGAAUUCCUAGAAGAGCAGCAUCACCAUCGUUCUGUUUGCCGGGAAGAUUCAUAUCAGUCCAUAGUCUCCUGUGCUGCCGUAGUACUUACACCCAUAGAACCACCUGGGGAAGCAAAGAAAAAAGAAGAGCCAAAAUUGCCUGAUGUGGCCAAACGGAACCUCUCUCUGAAAUUGUCAAAGGAGGUGGAACAAGGAGAAGCAAGAUGUCCUCGUGUCAGCCAGGUGGCCAGCAGUCCUGCUGUGGAGUGGCCUUUUGCAGGCCUGGAAGAAGGUGGAGGAAUGGAAUCUUUACCCUUCCGACUGAUGAUGCAGGACUGCACAGCUGUAAAGACGUUACUGCUGAAAAUGAAGAGGGUUCUUCAAGAGAGUGCAGAUAUGAGUCCUGCCAGUAGUACCGCUUCACUUCCCGUUAGCCCACUUACUGAAGAGCCAGUGCCUUUCAAGGAUAUAAUGAAAGAUGAAUGUUCAGUGCUGAAGUUGCAGCUGAAGGAGAGAGAUGAACUCAUUUCCCAACUACGCGAGGAUCUGGAGAAAGCCCAACAUUUACAGAAGGCUCUCGCUUCCCAAGUAGAUAAAUCCACACAGACUGAACUUGUAGGCCAUGAUGCUACAUAUCUAAACAAAGUUGUGAGCCAAAACCUCAACACAAGGGACAGAAAGUCAGCACAUACUCCCACCGAGGACCCUUUUAGAUAUUCAUUGGGCAACCAAGCAACUGCCUACGAAAGCAAAAGCUGUCAGCUGUCAAGUCUGUGUCUGAGUAACCUCCUGAAAGAUAAAGAAAUAGUGGAAGUCAUCAAGCACACAAGAGACACAUAUGAGACCCUCACUUCAGAGGUCACCCAGAAUGCUUUGGCCAGCGCUACACAAAAUACAACCAAGCCAACACCCAAGACAGAGAGCUUCCCAGGGUUGGCUGGGGCGCCGAAGGAUCAGACUGCUGUACCCCGGCAGCAUUCCACUUUCACGGGGAGAUUUGGACAGCCUCCGAGGGGACCCAUCUCCUUACACAUGUACAGCAGGAAAAAUGUUUUCCUCCACCACAACUUACACACGGCAGAGCUGCAGACUUUAGGCCAAAAAGAUGGCUAACUGAGUCCUCAUAUUCUUGGUGUAGAAAGAGAUAAAGUCAGUUAAGGGGGAACAUUGCUCAUCUAGAGCUCAGUCUUAAGUUCUCAUCUGCUGCUACCUUUAAUUUUUUAACUUUUAGCAUUGUACAUGGGCUCCAUAUUUUCCCUGUUCAGGGAGGGUGGGGAUGGGGUGGACUAGCAUGUUAACUUAAGUAACUAGAUUGAAUUGUCUUGCCGAAGUCACCAUAUGUAUAAUAAAUGGGACCAUCUUGCUGGGAUCUCUAGUCCAAAAUAGGCCCAAUAUUUUUCUCAUCUUUUUGCCUCUGUAAACCACUGACAACAUUGAAGUUUUCCAGCAGGUGAUCUCAAAUAGCAAUGUAUUUAUUUAAUAAUGUUACUGUGAAAGUAGAUGUGAGGAAUGAGUAGGUAAGUAACUAGUAAACACUCCUGAAUUGUAUAGAGACAAGGAAGAUAAUGAGACUGAAGUCUUUGAGGCACUCUCUUUGUAUCAUGUUUUUUGUUUCUUUGAACAAUGACAUUUGCUCACAUAUAAACUAGAGAUUCACUGGCUUCUGUUGUGUGAAUUUUGAGAAUGCCUCAUCACACCAGUAGAGGAAGAGACUGCUUUUAAUUUUCUUCUAAAUGUUCAGUUCACACAGGUUCACCAAGGAUUUCAGACAGAGUAAUUGGAAUUCAAAUUGAGAGUGACAGCUUUGAUCCUCCAAAAACUUUGUAUUUUACUAUUUUUGUUGUAUUAUGACGUCACAUUUUAGUGAUAUUUGUUGUACUUUCACAGAUGAACAGCACAGACUAUCAGGCUGUGUCAUCAUCUAAUGUCAUGCCACAUUCCAGUGUAUCAAACUGAAAAUGGAUGAAAGACUAAAGUAAUUCCAUUGUCUUAUCCAGUCCUUAUCGGCUGAUGUCCAAAUUACUCUAAUGUAAAUCAGCAUCAGAGGGGUAGCCGUGUUAGUCUGGAUCUGUAAAAAGCAACAGAGAGUCCUGUGGCACCUU